UGUCUUUCCUGGCCUUGCUUUCAACCAUGGCAGACUCCAAGGAAACCAAGACUGAGUCUACUAUUGGCGAGCGCCAUGAACGCUCGGGUUCGGCUUUCGACAAUGAGGAGAGGCGUAGAGAGAGUCUCGCCCGCCUUACGGCCAACCUUGAGGGAGAGGUCCGCAACCCUCUCGUUGGCGUUCCCAAGCACGAGCUCCUCGCCGACGUGAAGAGCUUCGCCCAGGAACACCAACUUGAGCACAUUGAGCCGCUUCUCAUCAAAGGUGCACUCGUCGCCCAAUCCCCAGCGCUCUUCGAGGAGAUUGAAGAACUGGACGAAGAUGACCGCACCUGCAUUCGAGAGGAGAUCACGCACCGUUUCAAGCUCCCGCGCACUCUGUACUACACCGUCAUCUUGAACUCGGUCGCCGCCGCCAUCCAAGGUUGGGAUCAGACCGGAUCCAACGGAGCUAACUUGACCUUCGGCCGGGCUUUGGGCAUCCCGGAUUCUGGCGAUGCGUGCACGGCUGCGGGUACCUGCGAGAGGAACAGCUGGAUCAUUGGCUUCAUCAACGCUUGUCCGUACAUCGCGAUCGCUCUGUUUACUGCAUGGAUCUCGGACCCUAUCAAUGACUUGAUUGGUCGCCGUGGAACUAUCUUCGUCGCCGCCAUCUUCUCACUUUUCGCUCCCAUCGGCCAAGGAGCGUCUCAGACGUGGCCUCAGCUUGCUGUUUGUCGUGUGCUUCUUGGUAUCGGUAUGGGUUUGAAAGAGGUGACAGUACCUGUCUUCUCCGCUGAGAACGUACCGGCUAGCGUGCGUGGUGGACUCGUCAUGUCGUGGCAGAUCUGGACGGCCUUUGGCAUCUUUCUCGGAACUGUUGCCAACUUGGUCGUCAUGAACACUGGUCGUAUCGCCUGGCGCCUGCAGUUUGGAUCCGCGUUCAUUCCCGCAGUUCCCCUAGUCCUCGGUAUCUGGUUCGUACCUGAGUCUCCCCGCUGGCUGAUGAAGAAACGCAAGUUUGCGCAGGCAUACAAGUCGUUCGCCAGACUGCGAAACACUCCCCUGCAGGCCGCUCGCGAUCUUUAUUAUACCCAUCGCCUGCUCGAGCAAGAAGAAGUCCUAGUGCAGAAGGCUGGCAUCAAUCCCAAGAGCAACUUCUUCAAGCGCUUCAUUGAACUCUUCACGAUUCCUCGUGUGCGCCGUGCCACUCAAGCUUCUGGCAUCAUCAUGAUUGCUCAGCAGAUGUGCGGAAUCAACAUCAUUGCCUUUUACUCAUCGUCGAUUUUCAGAGAGGGUGGGGCUACUGAGAAGGAGGCUUUGAUUGCUUCGUUUGGAUUCGGUCUGGUCAACUUCGCGUUCGCAUGGCCUGCUGUUUGGACGAUUGACUCGUUUGGACGCCGCGGACUGUUGCUGUUCACGUUCCCCAACAUGUUCUGGACUCUACUCUGUGCCGGCAUGUGCUACUACAUCCCCAAAGAGAGUGCAGCGCAUUUGGGUCUCAUCGCGUUCUUCGUGUAUCUCUUCGGCGCAUUCUACUCGCCAGGCGCAGGGCCCGUUCCGUUCACGUACUCCGCCGAGGUGUUCCCACUGUCUCAUCGUGAGGUAGGCAUGUCGUGGGCCGUCGCAACCAACAACUUCUGGGCAGCUAUACUGUCGCUCACACUCCCGCGCAUGUUGAAAGUCAUGAAGCCACAGGGCGUAUUCGGCUUCUACGGCGGCAUGAACAUCGUCGCGCUGAUCAUGAUCUUCCUCUGGAUGCCCGAGACCAAGCAGCGCACGCUCGAAGAACUCGACUACAUCUUCGCCGUCCCAACAACAGUCCACAUGAAGUACCAAGCAACCAAGAACCUGCCCUGGUGGAUCCGCACGUACAUCCUCCGCCGCAAGGGCGAAGCCAAACCACAACUCUACAAGAACAUUGGCCAUCUCCCCGAGCCGAGCGUUACGGCACAGCUGAGCUAUGCUUGGAACACGUAUAUCCUGCGUAAGAAGGGCGUGGCUAAGCCGAACGCGUAUGUCAAGUACGAGGCUCCUGUUGCGCCGGUGGGCGAGAAACAUGUCUAAGCCGUGGACGCUUUCUGGAGAGAUGUUUUCAAGGCAUUUACGAUUUUACGCCCUUUGUACAUGCUGUCUGGUGCAGUACUGUAUUGUGUGUUUCGGAGCCAUGGUAGCUCGAGGCGUUUGGGCAGUGGGGUUGGAAUGAUAUUCAUGUGGAGAGAUCAUGUCUGGCGAUGAUUCCGUUUAUAUACCCUCAGCAUGGCUUCGUGCGGUUAGCUUAUGUGUUCUGCCCCU